AUGAACGCUUUUGGACACCAACCAUCUAACCAGCAGACCAGCCCUAUUCAGCACCACAGCGCUCAGGACCUCCUGGACAUGGCCGUGUACUGCGAUAACUACGGAGUGUACCAACAGAACCUCCACCACCAUCACCCGCAGAGGCCGCCGACGCACCCCACCAGCUACGGCCUCGGAGAGUACACCUCCCCGUCCGCGAACCCGUACCUAUGGCUGAACGGACCCAGCAUCAACUCCUCUCCUUACCUCCCCGGGAACAACGGCACGUCCUACAUUCAGUCGGGAUACGGCUCGAACCAGAGGCAGUUCUUACCGCCUCCCACCGGGUUUGGUGGGGCAGAUCUGGGGUGGCUGUCCAUAUCCAGCCAGCAGGAGCUCUUCAAGAUGGUCAGACCACCUUACUCCUACUCAGCGCUGAUAGCGAUGGCCAUACAGAACGCCCAAGACAAAAAGUUGACUCUCAGCCAGAUCUAUCAGUAUGUCGCUGAAAACUUCCCGUUCUACAAGAAGAGCAAAGCUGGAUGGCAGAAUUCAAUCCGCCACAACCUGUCACUGAACGACUGUUUCAAAAAAAUGGCACGGGACGAGGAUGACCCCGGUAAGGGAAACUACUGGACGCUGGACCCCAACUGCGAGAAGAUGUUCGACAACGGGAACUUCAGGAGGAAGAGAAAAAGGAGAGCCGACAUAAACGGGGCUGACACCACCGCUCUCCCCGUCAAGUCAGAAGACGCGCACAAGCUCUCCGACACCACCAGCCUCCUGAGUUCCUCCCCGCCCAGCCUGCACGGAUCCCCGGCCUCCACGGAGCCCAAGUCGUCCCCGUCUCCGUCCGCGGAGCACAGUCCGUGUUACAGCAAUUUCGUGUCCAGCGUGAACUCGCUGCUGGCGGGCAGCAGCAGUAGCAGCACCGAGGGCUCCCGGGGCGCGGAGAGGGACUACGGCUCCGGGCACCUCGGGGGACUGUCUCAGACCAGAGAGGGCAUGUCCGGACUGGGCUCCUACUCGCCCACUUUAAUCUCUCCUCUGAACUCUGACAACAACAGAAUGAACUAUUACACAUCAGUACAGAGCCUCUCCAACCAUUUUAGUGUUAACAACCUCAUAUACAGCCGGGAAGGAACAGAGGUGUAG